AAGCGCGAGAACCUUUCGUCGUAAACGGACGUGUGCAUCUUUGUGGCGGCUAAAUAACGCGAACGAAAGAAAAACAGCAACAAACUUGUUUGAUCGAGAGCAGAACACAAAAUCGAAACGAGCCAAAAAAAGGAUUCCUUUGGCACUCAAGUGCCACGUGCAGCGCGAGAAUGCAGCGCACUUGAACUGGGAACGGACGGAGGCGAUAAACAAAACGCAAAGCAAAAACAAAGGCAAACAACACUGUUCGCAGCGUCACGACAAUUGACAAGCGAAAGAACGUGCGGAGCAGCAGUAAAAACCACGCUCAGAUGGCGCUGCAGAGCCGGCUUGGAGCCGGACGCGGCGGCCGGGUAAUGAGCUAUACCAACUACGCCCUGCUGGUUGCCACCGCGCUGCUGGUGUUAAUCUCGGUACAUGUCAAAAGCGCCAAACUGCAUGGGGAUCCACUGGUGGCGCCCACUUCAAUGGAUAACGUUGCCAUUGUUGAGAAGCAUGAGCGCGACAACAACAAAUACGUCAAAGAGUACGUGAAAGAGUCAGCUGCCACUCAUCCUUAUCACCAGCAUGGCUACGGGCAGCACAAGUCGCACCUGCAUCACCUUAAUCAUCUACCACUGCAGAACAAUCUUCGGGCCUAUCAUAGCAAAUACAGCAUUGAGCAGCUGCUGCACAUGCAAGUGGCACCCAAGGUGUCCAAUGACAUCGACAUGGACCCCUGCAAGGCGGGCGGCUUUAUGGGCGACAUUGCGCUGCCCGACGGAGAUGAGGGUCCUCUGGUGGCUCACACACCAAUCGACGAUGAGGAGCCGGUGGAGGAGGAACUGCUGCCGAAAACGACAACCAAUCACAUGUUGGCGGAUGCUCCAGAGCCAGCCAAAUACAAUGCGACUUUUCAACUGGACCUAGAGAAGCUCAAGCAGGAAGUAUACAACGAGGGCUUACAGGUCGAGGAGGAGGGAUUGACGGAUAUCAUACGUAAAAAGACCAAACUACCCAGCGUUGGUAUCGUAAGCCACACAACAGGACAGCCGCUGACCAAAGCAAGUGGCAUUAGCAACAAUGAUGCCAGCCUGAGCGCUAACGAGCCGUUAAAGCCCAGCGCGCAGACCCUAUCUGAUAUUGCCAACCCACCCAGUUACAAGAACGAGGUGUUGACACCGCCAGAGUCCCAGGCUAUCCAGCGGCGAAGAACUGCAUCUAAUGCAAGAAUGAGUGUCGCACCCGCUUUGCUCCAGCUCAACAAAACACAAACCCUGCAUCGCAAUGUGGACACGCGGAAAAUUCAAUCCAACAAUAAGGACAUUGAGGACGAUUCGGGAAACAAUUUUGUGGCAGAACGACGUCAACAUAUUGUGCCCACCUCAUUGCCUACGCAGAGAUCGACGAUGCCCAAUGUCUAUAGCAAUGCUGGUGGCAACGGCAUGCACUUAGACGAUGAUGUUGACUUUUUGCAUGCGCAUGGGAUAGUGCGAAGAAGACACAGACGAGGCCCAAAGCAUCGCAAUAACCAAUGGACGGACUAUAUCAGCAAAGUGCAGCGUCUGCGCGAGGAGCUUGAUCGUCCCCUCGGCCAGUCAGCGCACCUAAGCCAGCGCCCGCACCACCAUAGUCAUAAGAAGCAGAAGCAUGGUCAGCAUCGUCGUCGAGGACGAGGCCGCAGCACUCCGUCACCUCUAAAUGUUUUUUCGACGCAGGCGCAAAUUGAUGAGCAGCAGCGGACUGAUAAUAUGAAUAGCCUGCAGAUUCCCAAGGCUGAUACUCGAGUGCCGGAUACGGAUACCCCAAGGCAGCAUCAUCGCGUGGCGCGUGCCGUAACCGCAAAAAAGGAGCGCAUCUGGGAUUAUGGUGUCAUUCCCUACGAGAUCGACGGUAACUUCAGCGGACUGCACAAAGCCCUAUUUAAACAAGCCAUGCGCCACUGGGAAAACUCCACGUGCAUCAAGUUUGUUGAGCGCGAUGCGGAAAUUCAUCCAAACUAUAUUGUAUUCACCAUACGAAAUUGCGGAUGCUGUUCAUUUGUGGGUAAGCGUGGCAAUGGGCCACAGGCCAUUUCAAUUGGUCGUAACUGCGACAAGUUUGGUAUUGUGGUGCAUGAGUUGGGCCACGUGGUGGGAUUCUGGCAUGAGCAUACACGACCAGAUCGUGAGAAGCACGUGGUUAUAGAACACAAUAAUAUUAUGAAGGGUCAGGACUACAACUUUAACAUGCUUUCCGUGGACGAGGUUAACUCAUUGGGCAUGGCCUAUGAUUAUGAUUCGAUUAUGCAUUAUGCUCGCAAUACCUUCUCGAAGGGCACCUAUCUGGAUACGAUAUUGCCAAUUGAAGUGAAGGGACGCAAGAGACCGGAGAUUGGUCAGCGUUUGCGGCUCAGUCAGGGUGACAUUGCGCAAGCCAAUCUUUUAUACAAGUGUCCCAAGUGCGGCCGAACGUUUCAGGAAAGCACGGGCAUAUUUUCCAGUCCCGUAUACUAUACAGCGGGUGCCGUUAGCAACGAGACCGAACACUGCGAGUGGCGAAUAACGGCAACGCACGGAGAACGUGUAGUGCUAAGGCUCGAGGAUAUGAACAUAUUUAAAUCCAACAACUGCGAGACUGACUAUCUGGAAGUGCGCGAUGGCUACUACUUUAAGUCGCCGCUAAUUGGACGCUUUUGCGGCAAGGUGGCCAACGAUGUGAUUACAACCCAAUCCAGCCGCAUGCUUCUGACCUAUGUGAACACCCAUCGUGGAGACGGCUAUCGGGGCUUCAAAGCAGAGUUCGAUGUUGUUUGCGGUGGCGAUUUGUCUGUGGAUGAUUCGGAGGGUCGCCUGGAGUCACCCAACUAUCCGCUCGACUAUUUGCCCAACAAGGAAUGCGUGUGGAAAAUUACGGUGCCGAAAAGCUUCCAAGUGGCGCUGAAAUUCCAGUCGUUUGAGGUCGAGAACCAUGACAGCUGCGUCUAUGACUAUGUGGAAGUGCGAGACGGUCCCGCGCAGGAUGCGCCGCUAAUUGGGGUUUUCUGUGGUUACAAACCGCCACCGAACAUGAAGUCAAGUGGCAAUUCGAUGUACGUGAAAUUUGUGUCGGACACAUCGGUGCAGAAGGCGGGCUUCUCGGCCGUGUUCAUGAAGGAGGUAGACGAGUGCGAGACGCAAAAUCAUGGCUGCGAGCACGAGUGCAUCAACACGCUUGGCGGCUACGAAUGCAGUUGCCACAUUGGCUAUGAGCUCCACAGCGACAAGAAGCACUGCGAAGAUGCCUGCGGGGGUGUAAUCGAGUAUCCGAAUGGCACCAUUACAUCCCCUUCGUAUCCCGAAUUCUAUCCCGUACUUAAGGAGUGCAUUUGGGAGAUUGUCGCACCACCCAAGCACAAAAUUUCAUUGAACUUCACGCAUUUCGAUCUGGAGGGCACGGCGCAUCAGCAAUCCGACUGCGGUUACGAUUCGGUGACCAUUUAUUCCAAACUGACUGAGAAUCGCCUAAAGCGUAUUGGCACCUUCUGCGGCAGCGCCAUUCCACCCACCGCCACCUCGGACAGUAAUGCUCUGCGCGUCGAGUUCCAUUCGGACAAGUCAAUUCAGCGUACGGGCUUUGCAGCCGUAUUCUUUACGGAUAUUGACGAGUGUGCUGUGAAUAAUGGAGGUUGCCAACACGAGUGUCGAAAUACCAUUGGAUCUUACAUGUGCUUCUGUCACAAUGGGUACUCGUUGCACGAAAAUGGACACGACUGUAAAGAGGGUGAGUGCAAGAACGAGAUAUCGGCCCCGUUCGGUACUAUUUACAGUCCCAACUAUCCGGACAAUUACCCGCCAAAUGCCGAUUGUGUUUGGCACUUCUCGACCACGCCGGGACACCGCAUCAAACUUAUUUUCAAUGAGUUUAAUGUGGAAUCGCACCAGGAAUGCGCCUAUGAUAACGUGGCUAUCUAUGAUGGUGAAUCUGAACUCAGCUCAUUGCUGGGACGAUUCUGUGGCGAAAAGAUACCUUACCCCAUUUCGUCCACCACCAACCAACUGUAUAUGGUCCUCAAAACGGAUAAGAACAAACAGAUGAAUGGAUUUACCGCAAUGCAUUCGACUUCCUGCGGUGGCUAUCUGCGUGCCACAAAUCACGUCCAACAGUUCUAUUCCCAUUCCCGAUAUAGCAAUCAGGAUUAUGACGAUAACGCGGACUGCGAGUGGACCAUUCAAGCACCGCCCAACAGCAAUGUGCAGCUGCUCUUCCUCACUUUCGACAUCGAGAGUAGCGAGAAUUGCACCUACGACUAUGUACAGGUGUUCUCGGGAAUGGAGGAUACCAGCGGGCCCAUGUACGGCCAAUACUGUGGCAAUGUGCUGCCCCAGGAUAUCAUCUCGAUGACUGAUUCGCUGCUAGUGCGCUUCAAAACUGACAGCUCGGUUCCCAUGAAGGGGUUCUCGGCAUCGUAUGUGGCCGUUGAUCCGUUUGAAAACAGCGAUGAGGAUGUGGAAAACUCGUAUAGCUCUGAGAUGGUAACUCCAUUUCCGGGGUCACUCAAAAGCAUAUACAAGGAGGACACCGAGGAGACUGAUGACUAUAGCGACUUCAGUGAAAACCAGCUGGUGAAUGCUCAGUAUCGCAGACGCCAUACUUUUCCCAUUAGUUACUCAUCUUGGACGAAUUAGGCGGACAGGCAUGCUGGAAACGCAUAAAAAUCAUGACAAUAUCUAUUCAAACGGAAUUUAUUUAACUUUUUAGGCAUAUCGUGGCGUACAUACAGCAAGAUUUCUGCUCUCUUAACAUAAUCAUAGACUUCAUUUUGACCGUAAUCAAAUAUUAAGUAAACAUAGAUAUUCAGAACACAUCGUUAGGUUAUAGCACGUCAGGCAUAUCGCUAAAAAGGGGAAGAACUCAUUAGCUUUACAACUCAAAUGAAUAUGUAACAAUAAUGAAAUAUUUAAGUGAAUGUCAUGAGUACUCAAUUUUGCCAUAUAAUAUUUACAGGCGUUUUCUUUAGGGCGCUUAACGCUACGGCUCUUAUAGUAGACCGAUCUACAUAUUAAUGUAUUUGUGUGUAUUUCUAUUAUAUUCUAGUGUAAAGAACUCUGAACUCAGUGUGCAAGUUACGUGACAGUUUAUUUUUAAUUACUUUCAAUUUCUUGUUACGUACAUUGUCUAAGGCGGUUACGUCUAAAACUUUCUAUUCCUAGUGCAUUUUUUAUUCUUUCAACAAAGUUGCCAAAAUUACGGUGUGUAAAAGGCACGUAAAACUCCGAAUUAUGUAUGUAUAGUAUGUACUAUUUUUUAAAAUUUGAAAUCAACCUAAUACGU